AAAAAAAAAAAAAAAAAAAGAACUUUUAUUGAGGACCUGUUGGAUUCCGUGUAGCAGCCAUGGGCAGCAAGACUCUGCCAGCACCUGUCCCUCUCCACCCGUCCCUCCAGCUGGCUAACUACGCCCUCCUCCAGAGCUCCACAGGCCUCCAGCUGCCAACAGAUCAUUUUCACAGUAUCUACAGCUUCAGUGCCCUACACGCUAUCCACCUCCACCAGUGGACCCUGGGCUACCCACCUUUGUCCCUGCCCCGCUGCAACAUCUCUAAGCUGCCUGCGCAGUUCUCCUCCAUGGCCUCCCUCCCCAUGUUCCCUCACCUCCUGCAGUCCAAGCAGGACUCAGCAGGUCUGCUGCAGAGCUCCAAGAACAAGCCCCGCUUUGACUUUGCCAACCUGGCAGCUGCAGCCACCCAGGAGGAUCAUCUGAAAGCAGAAGACCUCAGCAUGACGGGCUCCACAGCGGCUGCACAGGCUUCAUCUCUCCACCCGACUUCAGCCGGCCUUGGAUGCCUCCUGGAUGUUACCAAACUCUCCUCACCGGAGCGGAAGUCCAGCAGAGGCCGACUGCCCUCCAAGACCAAGAAAGAGUUUGUGUGCAAGUUCUGUGGCCGCCAUUUUACCAAAUCCUACAACCUUUUGAUCCACGAGAGGACGCACACGGACGAAAGGCCAUAUACCUGUGAUAUCUGCCACAAGGCCUUCAGAAGACAGGACCAUCUCCGGGACCACAGGUACAUUCAUUCCAAAGAAAAGCCCUUCAAAUGUCAGGAGUGUGGGAAGGGCUUCUGUCAGUCCAGGACUCUGGCUGUCCACAAAACAUUACACAUGCAGGUCAAGGAACUGAAGCCAGCCAAGAUCAAGUGAUUCACUCUGCCAGCAGGAAAGGGACGGGGACACUGGAAAAACAAGACCAAAGACAACAAGAGUCAAAGAACAACCAAAGACAUAUUCAUCUCAGCUGUUGGAGGCAGAGAGCUCUGCCUUUGUGGGAAUACUCCUCAACGACAAACUAUUUCAC